AUGGCUCAUUUGCCUCAGUAUAAGUAUCCUUGUGCUUAUUCAGUGAGACACCACAUUGUACGUCUCGGACUGAAGAGCAGAAUAGCUGUAGCAGACAUCAAAGUGCAACAGAGAGAGACUGUUCCCGAAGAUAAGAAAGUUGAGUUCUCAAAAGAAACUUGUCCAUUUACGGGCAGCGUGGCCUUCUCUGUCUGUAUAUCUCUGAAAAAAAGGCAGCUUGCUGCUGUUAAUGGCGGAUGGAGCAGCUACGGACCGUGGGGACAAUGCAGUGCUCCCUGUGGGGGUGGAGCACAAGAACGCUCACGAACCUGUACGAAUCCCCCUCCUUCGGGUGGUGGGGCGCAAUGUGUAGGGCCCAGCAAAGAAACACAAGCCUGUAAUACUCAUGAAUGCCCUGUUAACGGUGGUUGGAGUAACUGGGGAGACUGGGGACAAUGUAGUGCUUCAUGUGGUGAUGGGCAGCACGCACGCUCACGUACUUGCACCAAUCCCCCUCCGUCAGGUGGUGGAGCACAAUGUUCCGGAGACAGCCAAGAAACACGGACUUGCAAAAACGGACCAUGCAAUGUUAAUGGAGGUUGGAGUGACUGGUCAGAUUACGGUGAAUGCAACAAGACCUGUGGCAGGGGGAGGAAAUAUAAAUAUCGUACGUGUACCAAUCCACCCCCCUCAAAUGGCGGAAAAGACUGUCGAGGAAAAGCGAGGAAGGGCAAGAAAUGCAAAUUGGCUUCAUGCAGAGACAAGUUCGUUUUGGAAUUAAGGGAUACACAUAAUAGGAAAAAUAACAGCAAAAUUAUCGAUUGCUUGGAAGAAAGAAUUAAAAAUAUCAUUGAAAAGGACAAGACUACAAACCUUUUAGAGAUAGUGGUCCCAAUGGACCGAGUCACAAAUGUGACAUGGUUCCUAACUGGGUCUUAA